GCCGGACGCGGCACUUCUACCCUACGUCUCCAAGACGGCUUAGACCGCGCUGUGCCGGCCCGCCGUGCCGCUCUCACCCUCAAAGCCUCUCGCCGCUCUCGGUCCUCAUGCUCACACCCCCACUCACUCCUCUCGCCUCUCACCUCCCGUCUCACUCUCCUCCCGCAGAACCACAAUGACAACCGCAACCAAGCUCUGGGCGAACGGCGUCUCGGUGCCCCUCACGACGCCGUUCAAGGCCGACGACAGCGUCGACACGGGCGCCCUUGCUACACAGGUCGUGCGACUCGCCAAGGCCGGUGUCGGCAUCGUCCUCCUCGGCACAAACGGCGAGGCGUCACAUCUCUCGCAGGCCGAGCGCCGCCUCGUUGUCGAAACGGGCAGGAAGGCGCUCGACGGCGCCGGGUUCCAGAACACGCCGCUGCUGGUCGGGACUGGUGCCGGCUCCGCCGCCACCACGAUCGAGGUGACGCAGGAGGCUGCGGCCGCUGGUGCGACGCACGCUAUCGUUAUUUGCCCAGGAUACUUCUCCUUUGCGAUGGGCCGUGACCGCGCUGCCAUUGUCGGCUUCUUCGAGCAGGUUAUGGACGCGUCGCCCAUCCCCGUGAUGAUCUACAACUUCCCUGGCGCCGCCGCGGGCAUCGACCUCACCUCUGACGAGCUGAUCAAGCUCGCGGAUCACCCGAACUGCUUCGGCGCCAAGCUGACGUGCGCGAUGAUCGGGAAGGGCCAGCGUCUCGCUGCGUACGCCCAGUCGGAUGCGUACGUCGCCGCCCACCCGCAGCUCAAGAACGUGACGGCCACCGGGCAGUUCCAGGUCCUCCCCGGCUUCUCUGAGUCGCUACUCCCGGCGCUCGUGGCACGCCACACCGGAUGCAUCACGGGCACGGGUAACGUGUUCCCGAAGACGAUCGCGCGGCUUUACGACCAGGCCGUCAAGGGGCUGCAGGGGAACGCGGCGGCCAUGGCGGAGGCGCUCAAGCUGCAGGACCGUGUGGCACGGUCCGACUUCAUCAUCGUCAAGGCCGGCAUCCAGGGGACCAAGUAUGCGCUGGACACGUUCGUGCAGAAGGGGCUUGGGGGCCGGUCGCGUCUUCCGCUCGGGCCGUGUAGCGAGGAGGUCAAGAAGAUGGUGGAGACGGAGCUCAAGGAGGACUGGGAGUUCGAGUGCUCGCUCUGAGAGGAGGGCGAGUAGAUGCAUUGAUCUGGUGUGCUGUCACGUGAAUGCAAAGGACGUGUUCUGCACGCACUCACGCUCCGGAAGUGGACUAGCCGCCCCGCUCGUUAUGGAAGGGACUCGUGGGAAUAGAAGAGGAUGUUGUGAAUGUGAUGAAUGGG